AUGCCUCCUCAUCCAGUUUCGAAUUCGGGGGAUAAUGCCGAAUACAAGCCCCUCCCCAAUCCACACAGCGCAAACCCGCACAGCUCAAGCCCACCACCACCGCCAAAUGUACCCCCCAAACUAUCCCAGGAACCAACCGGCCCACCCCAGAAACACAGCGGCACGCUGCGUACAAUACCAAUCUACACAACCGCUCAACCAACAGGCACCAAAGGCAUAACCCGCCCCACAGCCCAACGGCUCUCACUCAGCAUCUCGCUCGCCCCACUCGUCAACUCCCGAAGCAUCCUCUUCCGGAUCCAAACCGACUUGGGGCCAGGUGUGGGGAGCUACGGCGAGCUCUCCUCAGGAUACUCGUCCACAUCCUCCGACACUUCACUAUGGACGCUCAGCGCCGCGUCUGGUUCAGCGUCUACACCUUCAGCCGUUCAACAUCUCGGAGCUGAGAAGGUCGCUACUGUGGUAGAAAGGGACGAGGACGGGAAUGCUUUUGAGGGUGCAAUGCACGGUACCGUUGAGGAUUCGACGCACCACACCCAGUUCGACGACCAAUACAUCUUCGACGACCUAGCGUCAGGCAUCUCCCUAGCGAGCGUCUACAGCCAAGACUCCUUCGUCGACCCGUCCACCCCAUCCUCUCCUUCCAUCCCUCCAAAUCCUAUCACCCAAGCUCCAGAAUCCCAAAACGACGACUCGAACCUCACAGCCAGUCUCACGCUUCCUGACAAUACGGAGGCACCCACACCCACAAUUUCUGUCCCAACAGAACCGUCCACCACACACCCUUCGAACCACUCAUCGACGACCACAACCGCGACAGCAGCUGCAUCCUCGGCUUCUGUCCCACCUCCAGACUCUCCACUGCUGCUCCCGCGCCGCUCAACCUCCUCCAACCCCCUCGGGAUUCACGCAGACCCCCGACGUUACGCUAUCGCGUUCAGCCCAACUGUCGACUGGGAUUGGGAGGAGGUUGUCGCUGGUAUGGUGUCUCCCCCAUCUGAGGGAGUGGCGGGUGCCGAGGUCAUAGGACGUGGAGGAGUCGUUGGACGUAGCGUCGCGGGACGGGAAGGGGCUCGAAGUGUGGUGGGGAGAGCAGGAACGAGAAGGCUGCCGGGGGAAGAAGACACCCCGGGAGCACGAGGAGGAGGUGCUUGGGGUAUACUAGGCCAAGAAUCGACGAACGAGCUACCAUCCACACUCUGGGCCAACUCGGAUGCCGGAGGGAAACUAAUCUCCUCCAUAAUCGACUACCAGCCCUUCUUCAUCGACGCCGACCCCUUCGCGUCAUACCACCCAAUCUCCCGACCGCACUCGCACGCCGAGUCCCACAUCUCUAAGUCUUCGUCGUCAGCACCCGAAAGAUCAUCCCGCUCAGAAGAAAUGCAACCUCAGGUUCAAACUCAGGACUCACUACAAGACUCGAAGCAGCCAUUCCCUGAGAGGAAAUCAUCCGAAUUGUCCUCCAGCAAUACGACCGCUACAGCCUCAACCUCUGCCUCGGCAUGGAAACCACCCACCAACACCAGCACCCUCGACUUCGACUACGACGCCCUCGCUCAAAGAUUCCCAAUCGGGCUCGGCGCACCACGUCGAAUCAGUAGCAUCCAGAUCAUCUUCACAAACCCAACUCCCUUCAACCUCAACCAACCACCCUCCCUCCAACGAUACCCUUCCGUCCCAACCCUCCUCUCCAUCCUCAUCCUCAUCGCCAACCACCUCUCAAACCCCCUCCAAACACACUCUAGCGAUCAAAAACCGCCUCUCCAAACAGCGCGACCGAAAGGUCUCAAGUCCAACAACGACCCGAGCCCGAACCCGACUCGCUCGCCCAAUCCGACCAUCAAGUCCACUCACACCACGCAGCCCAGCUACUACUACUACAACAAUGACAACAACGACGCGCUUACGGCGUCCUACAACGCUCAAGCCCUCCUCUUCAACCGCGAAAUCCUCCUCAUCGCGAACGACAGCCAAGCCCUCCUCGAGACCCGCACGAUGCUCUCCCGGCUCUCACUCGAUCCCUCCAAACUUCGAGGGCGCAUGGCAGGCCGAUUCGAGGAGGCUAUCCCAGAGGUUCCCGAAGUGCCAGAGUUGCCGCCUGUCUUACCCGAAAUACCCAGGCUAUCAUCGGAAGGGGACGCUGCCUCUCCAGAGUCGGAAAUCAAUUUGAAGGUGGAUGAGGUAAAACCCGGCCACGAGCAAGUGAGAGGAGCUACUAGUAUGACUUUAAGCGACACCCAACACCUCCCCUCUCUCGACUUUUCGCCUAUCCGGUUGUCGAUGCCCACACCCGUCUCCGUCUCCCAACCUGGUCAAAAUGCUCAGGCUGGUCAGACGGAGGCGCAGGGGAUUCCAUUUCCACGAACACCCCAUCCCACGAGCUCUACUUCCACCUCCACUUCCGAGGCCCAAAUCCCCUUCCCCUCGAAAGACGACAUCACCCUCUCUCGUUCCACUGAACCAGGCCGCGCACGGUCCACAACUUUCCACGGUGAUCGACCACCUACGAUAACCACCCUGCACAACAACAACAAUAACAACUCAUUAACCGAAUCGAAAUCUCGGGUAGAGGGUACACUCAACGAGGUAGCAGCAGAACCUGACGCACCCUCCAGACCCGCAGCCCUCGAACGAAUCUGCAGCCUCCGCCUCUCCGCUCCUCCCACCCCUCGACACGCACACACCCGUACGCGUACACGGUCGCGUACCACCUCGGGCGAUGCCGUCAACUUUGAAGAACCACCUCUACCCACCAAUCUAAACGGGAACCAAGAAGAAAACACAAACGCCAACCCCAACCUCAACGCACCAGUACCAGUACCAGCACCCCGCAAAAGAACCCACAAACGCUACGCAUCCUCACCAGCCGUACCCACAUUCCGGCUCAUACCCAACUUCAAAGCUUCCCAACGGGACUCAUGGGCUAAAUUCGGUCGGGAUGGGGAUAAUGAGGAUGAUGACGUCCCGCCUCCGCUGCCUAGCGGGAGUAAGUGGCUGAAGGAACUUCGGAACGGCGGUGGUGGUACUGGCCGUCUGCCUACUUCGUUGGCUGGGAAGCUGUCUGGAGGGGAGAAGGGAGGGUCCGGGUAA